CGCGGUUUUGUUCCGCCGGCGCCCCGGCAGGCGCGUCGUCCUCGCUGGAGCAGCGCGGCCUGCGCGGCCGCGGCCCCUCGCUCCGCCCGGCCGCGCUCGCGUUCCGGGCCCGGCGUGCUCGGCGCGGGACGGCGGCCGGGCCCGGCGCGUCCCCCGCCCGCGGCGCCCCGGAGCGCGGAGGCGGGGACGGAGAGCGCGGCCGGGCGCGAGCGGCCGCCGGGACGGAGCCAAGCGACGCGAAGGUGCAGUGCCGGUUCUGUGAAAGCCUGUUUCUCCACGUCGGAGGCCUGUGGCCGCCAUGGCCAGCGCAUCUGCACAGCGGCGUCCUUGCAGUGUGUGGGCCUCCUGAGGGCCCCAUGUCCUGGAGCCCCAGAGCACCCCCGCCGUGGACAGGGGGCACGGCCCCCGACCAUGGUCACGCUCAUCACUGAGAAGCUGCAGAAGCAGAGUCUCGACGACCUGGCCUGGAGUGGCCAUGAUGCUGACCCGUGCUCUGCGGGAACUGUGAGCACCGGAAGCCACUGGCUCCCUUUGGAGAUCAGCGGUCAGCGUCCCUGGACGGUCACUGGUGGGCAGACUGCCAGGCACUCCUCCACCCUGGGCCCCAGCCUGGGUGCAGCCAGCGCCUCAGACCUCAGGGAACACGCAGGCGCCCCCUUGGCACCGCCCACCAAGCGGCACUGCCGGUCCCUGUCGGAGCCCGACGAGCUUGCCCGCUGCCGUUCCCCGUGGCGCCCCGGGGUCUCCAAGGUCUGGACCCCUGUGUCCAAGCGGCGUUGCCACAGCGGCGGGAGCAGCAUGCUGCAGGGGAGCCCUGCGCCCCGGCCCUCCUCCGCCAGCAGCAGCUUCCUGGAUGGGAGCUGCAUGGAAGGAGACCUGGCUGGGCGUCCUGCAGGGCCCUGGGUGCUGUCCUCCCGGCGACGCCUGUCCCUGUCCCAGGAGCACCUCGCUGGCGCCCGGCCCUCGUCCCGCAGCACCCCCUCGCCCACCCCUGAGCUGGGCCGGCGGCUGGGCCUGCUGCGCUCCCGCUCGCAGCCCUGCGCGCUCAACGGGAGGAAGAGCCACCGCAAACGCAGGCGUGAAGAGGAAGCGCGAGGGCCGCGCCCGUCUUUGGACUUUCUGAAAAUGACUCGAACCUUGAAGAAUUCCAAGAGCCUGUGCUCCCUCAACUACGAGGACGAGGAUGAGGACGACACCCAUGCAAAGGCGGCCAUGUCCUCCCUGCGGGACCCCCACAACCUGGCGACUGGCCUCACCUGUGGCUGCAGCCCCUGGGCCUUGAGAGCACUGGCAGGUGCAGAAGGCGGGGUCCUGGAGAACUGGGGCAGCACUGGAUCAGAGGGCGUCUUCUCCCUGGACCGGGGGGAGCUGGAUCUUGAGCAGAUCGAGAAUAACUGAGGCCACUCCCUGAGCGUCUCCCGGCCCUUGGAUUGGAUGGUCAUGGAAUAAGCUGCCUCCUCCUCAUGGCUGUCGGCCGAUGACCUGCAGCCCUUGGGUGCCUGGGCCCCGCUGCCCCCACUUGCUAUCUGGAGUGGGUGGGUGGUGGGCAGGUCUGGCAGUCCCCACAUCCUGGUGUCACCGUGUUCAUUCCUGACUUAAUAAAGCCACAGGGAUUUCUAGCA